AUGGCGCUCGUUCCAGCAGACACGGACUUCUCCAUCAAGCCCGCAGCCAGCGCGCCGCCUGUAGACGGCAGCGAGUGGCCACUGCUGCUCAAAAACUACGACAAGCUGCUCGUGCGAACUGCACACUUCACGCCCAUCCCGAACGGCUGCGCACCUCACAAACGCGACCUCAAAUCCUACAUCAGCUCAGGCGUCAUAAACCUCGACAAGCCGUCCAAUCCGUCCUCGCACGAAGUCGUCGCGUGGGUCAAGCGUAUUCUUAGAGUUGAGAAGACGGGACAUAGCGGUACGCUUGACCCCAAGGUCACCGGGUGUCUUAUUGUGUGCAUCGACCGCGCGACGAGACUCGUCAAGAGCCAGCAGGGCGCGGGUAAGGAGUAUGUCUGUGUCAUCAGGCUGCACGAUACGCUGCCGGGCGGAGAGGCGCAGUUUGCGCGCGCGCUCGAGACGCUGACGGGGGCGCUGUUCCAGCGUCCACCGCUUAUCUCGGCGGUCAAGAGGCAGUUGCGGAUCAGGACGAUCCAUGAGAGCAAGCUGUAUGAGUUUGAUAACGAGAGGCAUUUGGCCGUGUUCUGGGUCUCGUGUGAGGCGGGGACGUAUAUCAGGACGUUGUGUGUGCAUCUUGGAUUGCUGCUGGGUGUCGGCGCACAUAUGCAAGAGCUGAGAAGAGUGAGAUCGGGGGCGAAGGAUGAGGAGAGUGAGAUGGUCACGCUGCAUGAUGUUCUGGAUGCGCAGUGGAUGAUGGAUAACAAUCGGGACGAGAGCUAUCUUAGGACGGUGAUCAGCCCGCUGGAGAGUUUGUUGACGACAUACAAGAGGAUCGUGGUCAAAGAUUCGGCGGUUAAUGCGGUUUGCUAUGGUGCUAAGCUUAUGAUCCCAGGCCUGCUACGUUACGAGGCUGGCAUUGAUGUGCACGAGGAAGUCGUUCUCAUGACCACCAAGGGUGAGGCCAUUGCUCUUGGCAUCGCGAUGAUGUCCACUGUCGAGCUUUCCUCCUGCGACCACGGUGUUGUGGCUAAGAUUAAGCGCGUCAUCAUGGAGCGUGAUCUGUACCCGAAGAGAUGGGGCCUCGGUCCCGUAGCGACGGAGAAGAAGAAGAUGAAGGCAGACGGGAAACUCGACAAGUACGGCCGGCCCAACGAGAACACGCCCGCCAAAUGGAACACCGAUUACAAGGAUUUCAACGGCCCAAUGGACGAUGCUCUAGCGAGGCCACUUGCGGAGAAGACGGAGAAGCAGGAUGUCCUUACAGCGCCACCAGUCCCGCCGACUGAGGUUGAUGACUCGAUGCAAGUGGACCAGCCAGCGACUGCGGAUCACAUUCCGCCGGUUCCGGUCUCCGCAAACGGGGAUUCUACCAAGAAGAAGCGGAAGCAUGAGGGCGAAACCGCUGAGGAGAAGGCGGAGCGCAAGAAGAGGAAGGAGGAGAAGAAAUCGAAGAAGGAGAAAAAGGAGAAGAGGAAGUCUAAGGGCGGUGAUGCUAGCGAUAGCGAAUAA